ACCAGGAACAAAUGACGGCAGUUGUCAAAUGUCAUAAAAUUAUUGUUUUGAAUUUGGUUUAAAUUAUUUUUGCAAGUGAUUAUGUUUACAGAAGACAAUUCUGAUAAAGAAAGUGAAUAUGAGGAGAGAAAUCUUGAAGAAUGUACGAAUAUAACGAAGAAAUCAUUGUCGACAGUCGGCUUUAGGAGUAAUGCGGACAACCAGAAUGCAAGACCGUUGACGCUUCGAGCGACGCAAUCGUUCACAGGGGCCGUGGAGGAGUUUAAGUUAUGUGGCAACUUCCAAAGGAUAAACUUGUGCAAUAGGAUGAACGUGGUGCCUUCGCAGAAGAUCGCGCCGGUAUGUCCGUGCGGUUGUCUACUGCGGCCCUGCGUCCCCGGACCAUUCCGGACGCGGGAGCAAACAACACUAGCACUCUACGUCGUCUCCCCCGACGUCCUUAACUACCACGGCUACAACUUCGAAGCUAACCAAAUAGCUUUAUUCUGGAAGAAAGACUGCAGAACCUUUUUAUGGAAAGGAAAAGCUAAAAAGAAAAAUUACAUCCACGUAGAAUCCCAUAGAUAAAAUUUUCUGUUAUUUAUCAGGUGUAAAUAAAUUUA